CAUUACCUCACAUUCCACAGGUGGCACUGGUGUGUGAGGACUCUGUGCAGGCUACUCUGCGGAUUGUACUAUGACCCUCUCAGAUUAGUUAGACUACUUGUUGCCUCAUUUAGUCCCUCAGACUCUCAGAGGAAGCUCUGAACCCAGCACCUGUCUCCUGAUUUUGGUCUAAAGCAUCCAGCUCAGAUGAGUUUCAAAAAAGACUCCAGCGACAUGGAGCUGGGCACCAGAAACCCGGUGUUUCAGGAUGAGGACGGCGCCGGCUCAUCGGCGGACACGGUCGACAAUCGCUCCACGGCGGACACGGUCAGCACCGGCGCCUCGGAGAAGCGCGACUCCGCGGCUGUGAAGCUGGACCCGGCGGACCAGUACACGCAGAUCAAGCCGUACGCCGGGAUGCCCAAGGAGGUGCUGCUGCUGUACUCGUCUCGGGCUCGGUACCGAGUGGUCCGAGAGAUCCUGUUCUGGCUGACGGUGUGCUGCACCCUGGCUCUGGUGGCGAUCACCAUCACGGUGAUAGCGCUUUCUCCGCGCUGCCUGAGCUGGUGGCAGGUCUCCCCGGUCUACCAGAUCUACCCCCGGUCCUUCAAGGACUCCAACGGGGACGGGGUCGGAGACCUCAAUGGAAUUCGGGAGCAGCUGGAUCACUUCCAGUACCUGAACAUCAAGUCGGUGUGGAUCAGCCCUUUCUACCGCUCUCCCAUGAAGGACUUUGGCUACGAUGUGGAGGAUUUCCGGGACAUCGACCCACUCUUUGGGACCAUGCAGGACUUUGAAGACCUCUUGGCCGAGAUGCACAGCAACGGUUUGAAGCUGAUCAUGGACUUCAUUCCUAAUCAUACCAGUGACAGACACCGCUGGUUCAACUUGAGCCGGGCUAGAGAUCCUCAAUAUCAGGAUUACUACGUCUGGACUGACUGCACUGAAACUGGUCCGAAGCCUAAUAACUGGGUCAGUAUAUUUGGGAACUCGUCAUGGACUUAUGAUAAAGUUAGAGGGCAAUGCUACCUGCACCAGUUCCUCAAGGAGCAACCAGACCUGAACUUCAGAAACCCGCAAGUCCGCCAGGAGAUGAUUGAUAUUAUUCAUUUCUGGUUGGAGAAGGGUGUGGAUGGGUUCCGUAUGGAUGCAGUGAAGCACAUCCUGGAAGCUGCACACCUGAGGGACGAACCUCAGGUGGAUCCAAACAAACCACCCGAGCAAGUAACUACAGAGUGGGACCUCUACCAUGACUACACCACCAGUCAGCUGGGACUGCAUGACAUGCUGAGGGAAUACAGGGCUGAGCUGGACAUCUACAGCCGUGAGCCUGGCAGAUACAGGUUCAUGGUGACAGAGUCGUACGACUACCACGAGGUGGACAAGACCAUGAUGUACUAUGGCACCCCGCUGAUUAAAGAAAGCGACUUCCCCUUCAACUUCUAUCUGCUGGACUUACCUCACAACACUAGUGGUGUGUGGGUCAAACAUCUGGUCCACCUCUGGAUGGGCAACAUGCCCCGAGGACAAUGGGCCAACUGGGUGGUUGGGAACCACGACAGGCCCCGCAUUUCCUCCAGUGCUGGUCGGAUCUAUGUUCGUGCCAUCAACAUGCUGCUGCUGACCCUUCCGGGCACGCCCACCACCUACUAUGGCGAGGAGAUCGGCAUGGAGAACAUUAACAUCACAGCCAGUCAGGUUCAGGACCCUGCUGGCAGAUACAAUGUAAGUAACAGUCGGGAUCCUGAGCGGUCUCCAAUGCAGUGGAGCGCUGACAUGAACGCAGGCUUCAACAAUAAAACCAAUGUCACGUGGCUACCCGUGCACCCCGAUUACAGAAGCGUCAAUGUGGAGGUCCAGAAGGAUGAUGAGAACUCUGUCCUGUCUCAGUACCGUUUCCUGAACAGUCUUCGUCAGUCUGAGCUCCCCCUCCACCGUGGAUGGUUCUGCUACGUCCAUGCUGACUCCAGCGUCUUCGCUUACCUCAGAGAGCUUGAUGGUCUUAAGCAAGCAUUCCUAAUGGUGCUUAACUUUGGUAAACAGUCUGCCACCACAGAUCUCUCCUCUAUUCCUGAGCUACCAGAUCAGCUGGAGGUGCUGAUGAGCACUAACCACGUCAACAAUGGCAAGGUGUUUCCAAAGUCUCGUAUCCAAACAGAAGCAGGAGAGGGUCUGGUGAUUCAGUACUACACCCACACCCGGUUCCAUCCCAACCAUCCAGAAGAAUGCUAUGUUGCUGAAAAGGCCUGCUAUUUGGAGAGCAUAGGCAUACUUUAUAAAUGCUGAAGUUAUUAAAAUUCUUCUCUUGAGUCCUGUCUAUCAAAUAAAAAAUAUAUUAUAAAGAAAUAAAGAAGACAAUCAGAGACGCA